UGAAAAUUCCACUUCUUCAUGGUAUCGGAGCCUAACUAAAACCCUAAAAUCUUUUCCCCAGUUUCGGCCCUUUCUCUAACGCCGAACAACACCAGCGCCGCCGCAUCCCUUCUUCAUCACCCACGGCUGGCAGCUCUCUCCCUCUCCUACAAUGGCUGAAAGUGAAAUCACCUCUCAAUCCUCCACCCAAAAAUCUCCACAUCUGGCUUUCUCCGUCUCCAACGUCAAACUCCAUGUUCCAAUUCAACUCAGUUUUUCUCAACCAAACUAUAAAAAAUGGAGCCGCCUGUUUCUUCUUCUUGCACGACGGUUCAACCUUCAAGGUUACCUCAACGGCUCUAUUGCUCCCGUCUCUGACGACGACGACGAAUGGUUUCAACUCGACGCCAUCCUCCAAGGGUGGAUUCUCUCCACCAUCUCUGAUGAGGUUUCUGAUCUAGUUCUUUCCUCUAUUUCAACUGCUUCUGCUCUUUGGACGGUGAUUCAUGCCUUGUUUCAUGAUAACAAACAUGCUCGUGCCAUGCAACUCGAGCACCAAUUUCGUACCACCGUUAAAGGAUCCACACCCAUGGCCACGUAUUGCCAAGAACUCAGGAAUAUUGCAGAUUGGUUGGACGACGUCGACGCUCCCGUAUCAGAACACCAGUUGGUUCUCCAGAUGCUACGAGGAUUGCCGGACGACCUGCAAGCUCAAACCUCGUUUCUUCAAUUCCAAGAUCCCAUGCCGAGCUUUCUCUAGGUCCGAUCGGCCCUCCUCCUACUCGAUCGGCACCGGACUCCCCUGGGCGGAACUAGUGGCACAGCGCUGCUGGCAGCCCUAUAGCCGCUGCACCCCCACUCUCAGAUUUGUCAUCGCGCGCAUGCCACGCCGCCCACCUCCAUUUGUCUCCCUCAAAGCCUUUGAUUUCAAAAAAUGUGGCACUGCAGUCAAAAAUAGUGCAAAGUGUGAUGGUGGUGUCAAUGGUUAUGGAUGGCUACUCAAUUU